CGGACGAGGUUUGCAGUUGGUGCCAGGGCUGGGGUGCCUCCAGCAACUGACUGCCCACAGCAGAGCCCGCCCUGCACUCUGCACCAGGACCAAGCAUCCAGUGAGCAGAUACUCAAGGCAGCCCUGCCGGGUAGCUGCACGGCCACGGGGGCCCGGCGGGAUAUUCAGGGAAAGGAAUCUGGAGAGGUUUGGGGCCUCCUCUGAGUGACUAUGUUUGGAGCUGCUUAAGGGGGGUGUUUGUCCAGUGCUGCCCGGGUCUGUCUUGUUGAUUCUCCUACAGACUAUCUGCAGCCCUGAGCCCACCUGCCUGCCGGAUUCAAGUGCUCCCCGCCUUUGGCGCUGCGUGCAGGCUGCAGGGUGGGCUGGGUGACCUCGGGGACCUGGGCUGGCGGGAGUAGUGCAUAGGCGGAGCAGGGCUGGGUUCUGAGAGGCUCCACCCGCCCCAAGCCGCACUGCACGGAGCGCCUAGGGCUCGAGAUCCCAGCCUCAGCCGGUGCCAAGAACUGGAACUCCGCUGGACACCGGGCUCCCUCGGCUUCCAGAAGCGGGACUUUUGCUGUACAUCUGGGGAAAAGCUGGGAGCCCAGGAUGAUCCUGUCCAACUCCACAACUGUGAUGCCCUUCCUGGCCACGCUGUGGCGGGAGACGGCCGAACAGGGCGGCGAUGCAUGGGGCCUGGCUCGCAGGUCUCAGCCCCGGGAUGACAGCAGGCUGGAAGCGCUCUACAUCCUCAUGGUGCUGGGCUUCUUCAGCUUCUUCACCCUGGGCAUCAUGCUGAGUUACAUCCGAUCUAAGAAGCUGGAGCACUCCCAGGAUCCAUUCAACGUGUACAUCGAGUCGGACGCCUGGCAGAAGAAAGACAGGGCAUUCUUCCAGGCCCGCGUUCUGGAGAGCUGCAGGGCUUGCUAUGUCAUUGAAAACCAGGUGGCUGUAGAACAGCCUGCCACACACCUUCCCGAACUGAAGCCUUUGUCGUGAACCCCACAGCUCGUUAAGAAUAGACAAGCCCUGCAUGCGACAAUCUGGUCCUUCCAGUCACAGGCCUGUCAUUGUCUUUAUUGUAGGGGUGCCACGGGAGUUUUUGCUAUUGAAGGAUUGAGGGGUGAAUUCAUAAUACAAGUUUUCUAAAAACA